AGGCAGCUCCUCUGAGUUUGAGACGCAGCCCGAAACUCCUCUAGAGCCUCGCAGCAGUGCGCGGUGAAAGAGAGCAUUAAACACAGACACACAGCCAGCAGAACUUCGCGCACGGCGUGGCUUCGGUGUUUUUUUUUACGCACACGCAGACUUCAGACUCACUUGUGCACCGAGCGACAGACAGAACAGACAGCAGCAUCAGGACUGAAAGCUGGAGCAGAAGACAUGCUGAAGGUGAAGCAGCAGGGAUGUCAUCCAGGCGUGGCUCGGGGAGGAUAUGGAUGUCUAUAUAAAUGACUCGUUCAGUCUGAUCACGGAUGAAAAGAGCGUCUCUCUCCACUCCGCUCUCUGAACACGCAAAGUUUGCUCGCUAUGGCAGAGGUGGCUGGAUUCCUCGGGAGCAUCGAUCUGGAUUUGCAGGCGUUUCCAGCAUUAGGGAAUGUGCCUCUGACGGAUGGUUUGAAUGAGAGAUUGGGUCUGAUUGAGGGCAGACUGCAGCGCGGGUCGCUCACGGAUUUUGGCCACCUGAAGGGCAUCCUGCGCAGGAGACAGCUCUACUGCCGCACCGGCUUCCAUCUGGAGAUAUUUCCUAACGGGACGGUGCACGGAACCAGACAGGACAACAGCAGAUUCGGUAUUCUGGAGUUUAUCAGUCUGGCCGUCGGGCUGGUGAGCAUACGAGGCGUGGACGCUGGUCUUUAUCUGGGGAUGAAUGAGAAAGGUGAACUCUAUGGGUCGAAGAAGCUGACAGCAGAGUGUGUCUUCCGUGAGCAAUUCGAGGAGAACUGGUACAACACGUAUGCAUCCACAUUCUACAAACAUGCGGACACUGGAAGAUACUAUUACGUGGCUCUGAACAAGGACGGCUCACCUCGAGAAGGCAGCAGGACUAAAAAGCAUCAGAAGUUGACUCACUUCCUGCCCAGACCUGUCGCGAUCGAAAAUAUUCCCCAAGCUUACAGAGACUUGUUCCAGCAUAGGUGACCAGAACAUCUGUCAGAGUUACUGUGUUGGAGAGGCACAGUAGAGGUGCUGGAUGGGGAAGACGGAUGCUGAAGAACAUUAAGAAAUACAAGACCCUACUUCUCUCGCCUCACAGCUGUUUAUAUUUGGGUUCUGGUCCAAAAUGAAGAGGCCCUCUCCAAUGGUGAUUGAGAUAAACAGUACGUGUGUGUCCUGGAUGACUCCGUUUCCUCUCCUUAAUGGGUUUUAAACCACAGAGAAGAGGGAACAUUCCUGCAUCCAAAGCUGGUGCCAAAAGAUGUCUGGAGGAAGAGGUGUUGACCUCAGGGCCUCAUAACGAGUGUCAUGCAAUCACCCUUUCUUCAGACACUUUUUGUAAAUUGGAGCACAUUUUGGGCAUGUUCUCACUGAAAAGAAGAAAAAAAAAAAAAAGGGUCUAAACCAGGGGUGUCAAACUAAAUUCCUGGAGG